AUGUCAAAGGGAGACGGUCGCGCCAAAAAGGCAGAAUAUUUUGAUAAACUCAAGGAAUUAUUAGAAGAAUAUCCAUCAAUUUUUAUUGUAAAUGUUGACAAUGUUGGCUCCAAUCAAAUGCAUCAGAUUCGCCAUGCUCUUCGUAAUAAAGCUACAAUCUUGAUGGGUAAAAACACAAUGGUUAGGAAGGCAUUGAAAACUUUUGUUCCUGAAAAUCCUCAGUAUGAAAAAUUGUUUCCUCAUAUCAAAGGCAAUAUUGGUUUCGUUUUUACUAAAGAAGACCUUAAAGAAACCAGAGAAGUUAUUUUAUCAAAUAAGGUCCGAGCACCAGCUAGAGCAGGAGCAAUAGCACCUCUUGAUGUAUUCGUUCCUGCUGGUAAUACAGGUAUGGAGCCUGGUAAUACAGCCUUUUUCCAAGCUCUUGGAGUUCCAACCAAAAUUUCUCGUGGUACCAUUGAAAUCAUCAAUGAUGUACAUUUGGUUAAAGUUGGGACUAAAGUUGGUGCAUCAGAAGCUACAUUGUUGAACAAGUUGAAUAUAUCACCAUUUACCUAUGGUUUAACCAUCACUCAAAUUUAUGAUAAUGGUACCACAUUUCAUCCUUCUGUACUUGAUAUUGAGGAAUCAACUUUGAUCGAUCAUUUGCUGAGCAGUAUUAAAAGUAUUGCUUCGAUUUCAUUGGCCCUCAAAAACUAUCCUACCAUUGCUUCUGUACCUCAUUCACUUAUUAAUUCUUAUAAGAAUUUAUUGGCUAUUUCACUUGCAACAGAAUAUGAUUUCCCAGUUACUGAUACUAAAAAAGAAGCUGCUAAAGAGGAACCUGAAGAAGAGUCAGAUGAUGAUAUGGGUUUGGAUUUGUUUGGUUAA